UGGGAACUCCGAGCUCCACGCUCUACGGAGUCGGCAGUGUCGCGAGUCUGGGAGUAGGGCGGGGGAGCGGGAACUGUAUUUACGACCUUCGCUCUCACUUUCCGGCUAACACCGAGGUACCUGAAGCCCGGCCGUGGCGGUGGGGCCCUGAGACCCUUCGGAUUCAUCUUUAAUCUAAAAAUAGCUUGCCGUUCUUCACCAUAUAUAUUCAUCUCUGAGUCAGAAGACAUCGACUGCUGUGGCGUCUGGUGAAACCUCAGCCUCUGCAUUUGCAUAGCACUUUUAACCCUCCGACUCCGACUCGUGCGUGGAAACGUUCCCAGCGGUUCACACACAGCGCCGAAGCUGGAGCUGCUUCCAGGCAUUGUCGGGGCUAAACGCUUUGCAGUUCCACCCAACACCCGGCCUCGGAGAGCAGCCUGCCGUGGCAGUGCACAGUAAGCACCGCCUCUGCCUCCCCUCAGGCCCCGCAGCCUGCGCGCGCCCUGCCCUGGGCCAUGGACCCCGUGGUCCUCAGCUACAUGGACAGCCUGCUGCGCCAGUCCGACGUGGCGCUCCUGGACCCCCCGUGCUGGCUCAAUGACCGCAUCAUCGGCUUCGCCUUCGAGUACUUUGCCAACGGUCAGUUCCGCGACUGCUCGGACCACGCGUGCUUCGUCAGCCCCGAGGUCACCCAGUUCAUCAAGUGUGCCAGCAGCGCGGCAGAGGUGGCGGGCUUCCUGGAGCCCCUGGGCCUCCCCCGCAAGCGGGUGGUCUUUUUGCCCAUCAAUGAUAAUUCCAACCAGGCCGCGGGGGGCACCCACUGGAGUCUGCUAGUGUAUCUCCAAGACCAGAACAGCUUCUCUCACUACGAUUCCCACAGCAGAAGCAACUCUGUCCACGCCAAGCAGGUAGCCGAGAAACUGGAGGCUUUCUUGGGCCGGAAAGGAGACAGACCGAUCUUUGUGGAGGAGAAAACAGCUGCUCAGCAAAACAGCUACGACUGUGGCAUGUACGUGGUGUGUAACACCGAGGCCUUGUGCCAGAACUUCUUUCGGCAGCGGCCCGAGUCCCCGCUACAACUCCUCACCCCCUCCUACAUCACCAAGAAGAGGAGAGACUGGAAGGACCUCAUCGGCAGACUUGCCGCAGUUAGUCACUGAAGAGCUCUGGACGGGUCCUCUCCCCCCAGUCACUGGACGGCUGGGCUUCUCAGUGCCUCAUCCCACACGCCGGGGAAAACCGACUGGCUGCUCUCACCUGUUCUUUCUUUGUCUUUUUAAUGUCAUGCUCUGCGCUAUAGAAGUUUCACUUUCACCUCAGCUUGAGAGUAAUAAAUUUUUUGAAAAUGUCUUCUGCCCCAAAACUGUAAAACAAGCUUAACAAUUCACUACACAACGUGGUUAAACUACAACUCUUCUUACUAUUUUGAAAUUAAUUCCCGUGUGGUCUCCCUUAUCCACAUUGGCUUUUCCAGGGGAAAAGCAACCAUCUGUAAAACAGAUCGAAAUAUGAAAUCUAGGAGAAUGCCAGAAGAAAGCCACAGGCGAGCCAGGAAUUUGUUGCACAGCCGCUAGGGUUACAGAGGUCAGUUGGCUGGAAUCAGAUCAAGGCCUAACUUCAUGGAAAGCCUAAAUAUUAUGAAAAUCAGUUAUUCGUGUCUAUAAUGUCCCUUCCAUCUACCAUACAAAUGCUUUUCUGGCUACUAGCAUAAUGUUUGCAAAUGUUUGAUAAAAAUGAUGUUGGAGCCAAGAGCCGGUGGCUCGCACCUGUCAUCCUAGCUACUCGAGGCUGAGCGCUGAGGACCAUGGUUCAAAGCCAGCCAGGGCAGGAAAGUCCAUGAGACUCUUAUGUCCAAUUAACCCCCAGAAAA